AUGAUGAUAAAGACUUUCUUACUUUUCUUAUAUUUUUCGUCCGGUCAAAGUACUGAAUGUCAAAUAUGCAUUAUUGGUUCAACUUGUACAGAUGAUUAUAUUCAUUUUAAUAUAUCAACAUCAAAGGAAUGUCAACAUCCAAUAAAAACAUAUCUUAGUUAUAAUACAGAUAUUGAGCCAGGCAAACAUUAUUUAAAUAAAACAAUCAAUUGUCAUAAUUGUGAUAUUGAUCUUACUAUAGACUCUAUUCAUGAUGCAUGGGAUUAUACUUUAACAAUUGAAUCACCUCAAUCAACAAGAUUUUGCUCUGUUUAUAAAGCUCGUUGUGGUGGACAUACAUCACGAUAUGUAUGGAUUGGUACUAUCAGUCUUUCGGGUUUAUUCAUUAUAUUUGGUGUUCUAAAUUUUGAUUGUAUUAAUUAA